CGUGAUGGCGCUGAGCAGCAGGGGCCUCGCCAAGGCGCUGGCCGGCGGACUCGCCGCCGCCUCGCCGCCACGCACUGCCGCUGUCAGGUACGCGAGGCGAGGCGCAGUGGCCGCGGGGGUGACGGCUGAGGCAGGCCGUGGCGUGCUGUCGGGGGCCGCGCCGCGCCGCCCCGCCCCUCGGCGCGCCCGGCCGCCCCGACUCCCCUCUGCCCGCCGGGCGGCCCCGCUGGAGCUCCGAGGCUUCUCGGUCAGGGCUGGGCUGGGGCCCGGCUCGCGGUGCGGCCGCCUGAGGCGCGCCGUCCCUCAAUCCGCCUCAGAGUGAACGGUCUCGGGCGCCCGGCAGCCCGGGGCGUGGUGCUGGGCGAGCUCCCGCCCGAGGAGCGCGGCAGUGCCCGGUGCUGCGCCGGAGAGACGCUGGUGGCUCUGGGGAAGGGGAGAAGGAAGGUCCAGUCCCCGGUCCUGUCCGACUCUGCCUGACGCGGGGGGCAGCCGAGGUGCCCUCAGCUCCGGCCGCCGUUACCUUCUUUCAACGCGGUCAGUGUCGAUGCACGAUCAAACGAUUUUCAGACUUGCUUCUUCCGUACCUGAACCACUUACAUAACUUUGAGAAAUCUAUGAAAGAAAUGAAAAGAAUUAGUAAUACGCAGACGUUUUCCACUUCAGAUAAUGCAACAAGUUCCCUGUCCCUUGAUCCCAUGGCACUUGGCUUCUUGUGGUAUUCUGAUGACCAGAAUUUAUCCUUUGCAAGUACCUGUAACAAGCCAUACCUUUUCAAGAACUUUCUUCAACAUUGCUGCACCACUAGUAAAUAAAAGGAAAGAAUACUCUGAAAGAAGAAUUAUAGGGUAUUCCAUGCAGGAAAUGUAUGAAGUUGUUGCUGUUGUGGAGAAUUACAAACUAUUUGUUCCUUGGUGUAAAAAGUCAGAUAUAUUAUCGAAGCGCUCUGGAUACUGCAAAGCACAGCUAGAAAUAGGAUUCCCUCCUGUGUUAGAGAGGUACACAUCAGUUGUUACCCUGGUGAGACCACAUUUAGUUAAGGCAUCCUGCACAGAUGGGAAACUAUUUAAUCACUUAGAAACAGUGUGGCGUUUCAGCCCAGGUAUCCCUGGGUAUCCAAGGACAUGUACAUUGGAUUUUUCAGUUUCUUUUGAAUUUCGUUCACUUCUACACUCAAAACUUGCUACACUAUUUUUUGAUGAAGUGGUAAAGCAGAUGGUAGCUGCCUUUGAAAGAAGAGCAUCCAAACUCCACGGCCCAGAAACCAGCAUACCUCGGGAGCUGAUGCUUCAUGAAGUUCAUCACACAUAGAAGGGAAAAUUGUAACAACCUUCACUUGAAACUUGUUUAUACACUUCAUUUGUAGGAGAGGUGCCAUGCUCUCCCUCGGGGGCAGACACUUCAUAUGGGCUUUGUGUGAUUUUAUACUGGACAGAACACACAGGUUCAGCUGGAUAUAUAUAGCAUGUCUGAGCCACAAUCAUGUGCAACUUAAAGUGUUACCGGUAGCAGACAACUGGCAGCUCGUGUAACACAAGAUAUUGCAGGCUGCCCUUUAUUAACUUGGCAGUUUGUGUAAUCACAGAUUAAGUUCUGCCUUAUCUAAGUUUACCUUUUUUGUCAGCGUUGUAACAUAUUAACUCAAGUUGAAGUUGUGAAUAGUGUGAAUGUAACUUAACAGUAUCAACUCUGGCCAAGCAGAGGGACAUUUCUGUGAGUGUGGAACAGUUUGUGAAGCAGCAAGGAGCAGGUGCUUCUAAUCCAAAUGAAUGACAAGUCAGGAGUCUCCAGCUGCUGACCUGCUGAGCUCUGACCAGCAACUGCUGUAGAAAAAAAUAACACAGCCUGAACACUGGAGUCUUCAGAGAUUAAACACAUAAUGCAAGGAGUAAUGCAAGUGCAGCGGUUUCAGCUACAACCAGCAGCUCUGGACACACGGACUUGUGGUACAUCUGGCAGGCUGCUCUUGCUAUGUGCCAGUUUCACUGUUACACAUUGCAGUCAGGCCAUAGAUGCAUCUUAACUAAUGCGAACAAUUUCCAGCUCCCUCAAAAUUUUAAGACAAAUAAAUGCAGGUUACCUCUGAGAACCAGGGCACAGAUACAGAACAUGCUGUACCACAGUUCUGUCCUCCCUGGAAGGGCACAAGGUGUCUUCCUACAGACAAGCACAUCCAACACCAGUUGCCAUUAAAAGCACAAAACAGCUAAACAUCAGGCCCUAGGUUAUUUCAGUGCCAUUCUACCCUUUAAUUAAUCCAUUAUGAUGGUGUCUUGAUUAAAUUAAGUUUCAGUAGUUCUGUUCCUGCCAAUAAUUUCUUUUCAGUUUCUCUGAAGAAACACAAGUGAAUAGAUUUUAACAGAUUUAAAGCCCUGUCUUUAGGCUGCCUUGCAUUACCACAUUUCCUUACUGGUCAAGUGUGGAAGCUGGUUCUUUCUCCAGCCUUAUUUGCCCUGUGGUCCAUGCAGAAUGGUGUAUUGAAGAGCAUGGGCAGGUAUGGUUCAGGACAUACAGCCCUGAAGCAGUUCCAGACCAUUUAGGUACUUCUCUAGAAAAAGCUACUGCAAUUUCACAUAUGGUAUCUGUGAUGGAUAGUUCUUAUUAAAGGUAGGAAGCUGGGGAAAGGAACGGGUGAAGGACCUGGUUCUAAAGCAAUUUGGGAUGUUGAGACAAUCAGAGAAACAUACACAAGUUUGGGAACACCAGUUUUGAAGUUUGGAAAGCUGUUUAGAAGUAGGUAGAAAAAGACUUCACACAUCAAUGGUCAAAGAAAGGGUUAAGGGCAAACAGGGCUGUCAUUUAAGGGCAACAGCAUGGUAUACAAACUAAUUCAAACUAAAGUCUGGAGCUCACUACCAGAAAGCUGGAAGGCAGUACUUGAAGUCUCAAGGCAAGGAGGUAGCCACAUACUACACCUGAGCAAGAGAGAUGUUGAAAAAGCCAACAACCCUCUCUUAGCAAACAGCAGGUUUCAUUUCAUAGCCUGAGGACACUUUCCCUCCCACUGCAUGAGGCCUGUGCUGGCACACAAAAGCAGGAGUACAGACAGCAAAAUAAAGUCAGUGCACAUGCCUUCUUUUCCUAGUAUUGUUUAAGAGUUAGAGAACUGCACUGUCAGUUCAGCUUUGAUAGUUCUUAGCAAAAUUAAAGUCACUUGUAUUUCUAAGAAACAUUCUAGACAAAGGAAUGUUUCCUGGAGGGAAAGGCCCUGCACCUUUCCCAGCUUCAGUGUCAGAUUCCUAGUACAUCUUAGAAGCAGGAGCAGAAUGUCAAGGUUCUCCCAGGGCUAUGGCUUUGUGUGCAGAUGAAUAAGGUCAUACAUUUCAUAACUUUUGAACAGUUUAUUACAUAAAGGUCACAUAAUUGUAUAUUUGUCUACUUUGUACAUAAUUGUCUACUCUCACGCAAGUUCUUCCUAGUACUGGCAAGCACCAAUUCAUUCUGAAACAGAAUAUCAAGUGCCUUAAUUGAGUUUAAAUUGGGACCUCGGUAGAUGGAUCUCGCACCCAGUUAUCAGGAAUGUACAAAUGUCUUUAUUCAAAAAAUACAAAAUAAAUUAUCUGUAGGUAUGGACAAUGACUGUAAACAAUUACACGUGUGUUAAAUGAAAUCCAGUAACUGAUGGUUACAGUGAUUCUUUUAAACACCUGCCUCACCGCAGUCACUAUCCACCCUCUCACACUGACAUCUGCUGAAGGUUUUAAAGUCAGAACUGUCAGCCUUAGUACAGCUCAUGAUGCAGCCCUGUCCUCGGAAUUAGAACAUGCCACCUCCCAUUCCUCCUCCCAUCCCACCCAUUCCUCCCAUUGAUGGCUCCUUCUCUUCCUUAGGAAUUUCAGUCACCACUGCUUCUGCUGUUGACAAGAGAGACGCAACGCCCGCAGCGUCCAUCAGAGCAGUUCUCACAACCUAAAAACAGGACAGAAUUAGUACUCCUUGACCAUCAUGUGAGGUAGGAGCAAGGCAAGUUGAUGAGUAAGACUAAUUUAGGUUACCUUCGUUGGGUCUAUGAUU